CCUAGGUACCUCGUUUAGACUUUCAUGGCUUUCGAUUCUGUCCCCAGGUCUCUGCAUCUGGCUUCCUCGUCAAAACCUGGGUUGUCCUGAAGAUAUGCUGGACUCACUGGUAAGAGCGGCGGCAAGAUCGCCCCGACUUUGAAACACGGUCGAGACGACUACAGGAAAGAACGAAUUUCAUGUCAACAGACUUCUUCGAGCGGCUUCAUCAACCAUGGACAAAAGGGUUGCUAUCGUGGGCAGUGGAUGCUCAGGCAUCGGCGCCUUGUGGGCGCUCAAUACCAGCACCGGCCAUGAAGUCCAUCUAUUCGAAGCAGCGUCCCGCCUCGGCGGGCACACGAACACUGUCACGUUCGAAGGACCGAACGGGAAUAAAGUCGACGUGGACACGGGCUUCAUUGUCAUGAAUUCAGCCACGUAUCCCAAUUUUACGCGCUUUUUGGAUGAAGUGGGAGUGCCGACCCUGAAGACUGACAUGACCUUUGGUGUGUCUCGCGAUCAAGGCACUUUUGAGUGGGCCGGCACGUCGCUCGGAUCCGUUUUCGCUCAGAAGAGGAAUAUCUUCAAAUCUGGGAUGUGGAGGAUGAUCUUCGAUAUCGUGCGGUUCAAUGAAUUUGCUCUGGAUCUAUUGCAAGACGAAUCUGAAAGCGACAGUGAUCCCACAACCGAGGAGGGAUCGAGCACAGACAAGCCCUCAGCUCAGGAAACCAUUGGCGACUACCUCGACAGGGAGAAUUACUCGCCUGAAUUCCGGGACAAUUACCUCAUUCCCAUGACCGCUGCUGUCUGGAGUACUAGUCCUGACAAAUGUUCCCUGGAAUUUCCAGCCAUCACUCUGAUUCGCUUCAUGUACAACCAUCACCUGUUGAACACAAUUGCCCAGCGUCCAGACUGGAUGACCAUUCCUGGGGGCUCAAAGCAGUACAUCGAUGCCGUACUGAAGGCUUUCCCCAAAGACCGAAUACACAUCAAUUCCAAAGUCACUGCUUUACAACCCACCGAGAAGGGCACAGUCGUGCUAACAGCCAACAGCAAAGACUUGGAAUUCGACCAUGUAAUUCUCGCAACUCAUGGGGACCAAGCCCUGGAAAUCCUGAAACCAGUAGCCACACAGGAAGAGAUCGAUAUACUCAGCGGCUUCCAGACAAGUAGGAAUAUCGCCGUCUUGCACUCGGAUCUUGCGCUGAUGCCAAAAAGGCGGGUGGCUUGGUCGGCUUGGAAUUAUAUCACAGAAUCUCCAUUUCCUCCCACAAGAAGCCAGAACAUCUCCAAGGUCUGUUUGACGUAUUGGAUGAAUCUGUUGCAACAUAUACCCGAGGACAAAUUCGGCACCGUCCUGGUCACGCUGAAUCCUCUGAAUAUGCCAGAUCCCCGUUCGGCGCAGGGCAUCUGGGAAUACUCCCAUCCGUUGUAUAAUGCUGCGGCUAUCAGAUCCCAGAGGUUGUUACCAAGGAUCCAAAACACCAGGAAUGUCAGUUACUGCGGGGCUUGGUCAAAAUAUGGGUUCCACGAAGACGGCUUCAGCAGCGGGUUGUCCGUGGCUGUCAACCAUUUAGAAGCUCGCUUGCCUUUUGAAUUUGUCGACUCGACAUUCUCUCGAGGCCGGAGACCCACGUUGACCAUAAAGAAUCAUUUGUUGAGGUCUUCCAUCCUUGCCACUCAGAUAGUAAUGCUGCUAGUCGCAAAGGCGUGGGAAGUGUUGGUCGCAAUUGCCGACAGAGGAAUAGCUUCGCGGCGGAAGAUGGCGUGAGGAUCGCGGCUUCAACCGGCAGAGAUAGUGAGAUCAGUGACCUGCCUCAUCAAGGUUGUGCUACUCUCUUCGUCCUCA